AUGGCAACAGACACGACUGAGUUGGGAAAGGGAGAAGUUCCUCCACACCCCCCUCCGUCUGGACCCAAGCGUGAACGGUGGUCCGGCUGGGCAGCGUGGGAUCAGUAUUGCAGGGUACGCCAACAGGAGAGACGCUUAGAUGCCAUCCGUCAGUUCAUUAUACCAUCUAUCGACUACUUUUAUAGCUUAGAUAAAGAGAGUCUCCGGACCAUCAAGCUGCUGAGCUUGGACUUCCCAGAGCCCCCAGACUUGGAUAAUUGUCCCUGCGACACGGUUGAUGAUUAUCUCCAAGAUGUCUACCGCAUGGUACUCAAUAUCGCAUUACCACGGAAUCUCGAUGGGAGAACUAGGUGUGGCACCAGACAGACGACUCUGGGACGCUAUCUUCAACCCUACAAGUCACUUGAGGUCUCAACAUUCAGCUCUCUCAUACGCCUCCUAGAAGUUCUCCCCAGUGUUAACGAGAACGAGCCGGUCUUGACGAAGCUGUUUACGGCAGACUUGGACUCCGAUGAUCGUCCUUUCUAUGAAGCCCUCUCCUACGCGUGGGGCGAAAUGUCUCAGGCUGGUGAGGGGCAAAAGUAUCAUAUACACGUAAACGGCUACAAACGGGCUGUGACUCCGAAUCUACAUGGCGCUCUGUCCUCACUUCGGCAUGCCCAUUACCCCAGGACGUUGUGGGUCGACUCGAUUUGCAUCAAUCAGGCCGAUGACGAAGAGCGAAGUCAGCAGGUCGAACUCAUGGCUAGGAUAUAUGUUGAGGCGCACAGGGUUCUGGUAUAUCUCGGCUCGUCUACACCUUCAUCAGUUCACCUCUUCAGCACAUUACAGCAUCUCCUAGAAAACACCGAUGAUGAUGCCAGGCAAGAAAAACACCAACAAGACGAACGAGACUACGAACACGAACGCGGCAACUAUUACGACGGAGCGGCAGAUCCAGGCUUCUGGAAGAUUUGCCAUGAUGCUGGGCCAGAUCUGAUCGAGGGGCUCAUCGACCUCUGCACGAGAACGUGGUGGACGAGGGUCUGGGUUUUACAAGAAUACACACUGAACAAACGCGACCCGGUCUUCUACUGCGGACGGCUUAAAAUAGCCAACGCAGUCCUGGCCAAGAACUUCAGCAGGCUGUACGACUGGGUAGAACAUCGUAAGCGACAUAACACUCCGUUGAAGAAUUGCCCUCACCCGGCGUGCAGCAUAACUAUUAUUCCCAACAAAGACGCGAUAGAGAUCCAGGAUUGUGAUCUUGAAAGGGAAGGUGAAGAGCAACGCAACGCGGAAGAAUGCGGCGUUCUCAAGUUUACGGAUCAAAAAGACGCAAGAUCCUUGCUUCCCAAGCAAGGGUCCUUGGAACGGGAGUGGUCCGCGUGGGGUCAGCGAGUCUGGAGAACCAACCAUGUCCUCAACUGGCGUUACUACUGUUCGACGGCAUCGUUGCCAAUCUUCUCGUCAAUGGGCAUGCAGGCUCAAUGUACAAUACCUCACGACGCUGUGUAUGGCCUACGCGAACUCAUGGACCCCCUGUUCCGGAGCCUCUUCCCACCAGACUAUACAAUACCAAUUUCGACGCUGUUCACCCGUCUUGCAGUUUACGUCCUGGUGGCGGAUAUGAACACGAAUAUAUUUUGGUACUUCCCUCACCGCCUCCGAGAUAGUCUAUUGGAAGGUGAGGCACAGUUAGAGACUAGAGAGGAGGUCGACGUGCCUUCAUGGGUACCUGACUUUACGAGACCACGCGCCCCAACAGCCGCUGAGCCAUCGCCGUCUCAUGCUACGCUGAAGUCUGGGGAUUGGGAGCUUGGCCCACACAUAUUCGACCGCGUGCUGUUCAUGAGCGGUCUACUACUUGACGAGAUCGUUGAAGUUUUCCCUCUGCCCUCCCACGACCCGUUCUUGCUUCUGCAACAGUUGUGGUAUGUCGAGCGGUUAUAUAUGGACCCCGGCUAUCUUCACAGAGACGACGAGCAGCAGAGGGAGACCUUAUAUAAGAUGCUGACAGCCUUGAAUGGCAUAACUGCGUAUCCGAGCAUUGCUUGGGCGACUCAGGGUGCCUCCAACCCUACCAUCGAUGUUUCCAUAGUCGAAAUCAUCGGGGAACUCGCAAAGCUACAACAGUUGCUAGCCGAGUCUCUUCGGAGCUAUUUGGACAAGAUUCCAUCCAUUGUCGAUGCCAUCAUGGGCAAAGAACAGCGCGGUGAUGAGGAAUCAACGGGACGGGCUUACGAAGGAUCAGAUCGAGAAGAUGCGUCAGGCCUUGCACCAGCCGUUAGCGCUCUGCACGUAUCAACGAGCGAUUCUGGCGGAAUUCCUAGCAUGGACCGUAAAGGCUACAUUCUACAGAUAGGGAAGCGUCUCUUUGAGCUGUUCGACUUCCUGGCCAUGGCACCAACCUGGACAGACUUUGUCGGCAUAUGCGCCUUUGACUAUCAUAACCUCCGCGCGCAGGUACUUCAUAGGCUCUGCAUCGUAUCGGCACAGAAAAUUGCGGACACUAUAGGGCAAAUGCCUGGCUAUGAGUACUUGCAGGAGCGUCUUGGUCCUCGACAGCGAACCUCGGAAUGUGGCACUACACACGCGCCCGUGGUGUAUGGAAGGUACCUAAAGGCCAUCGAGAACGGUACGUGCCACCCUCUCGAGACACACUUUGGAGAGGGUUUUGUGAUAGACCUGGCGGCAAAGAUUCACAAGGCCAUGGCGACCAUGAUUGGCCUGGAAGGAGACACUGUUUUCAAGGCCGUGGAUGCACAGGUUGUUCCGCAAGAAGCGGGAAGGGAAUCGGCUGAAAAGCCGCAGCACAUCGCUUGCACGAUUCCGGCGGCCUGGCUUAGUGACGCGUUAAGCGAGGGGUGGCAAGGCGAAGAAAGGGUGGCGUACAAUGGAGAUCUAUCGUCUUUGGGCUUCCCGCACUUUGAGGACGGCCACCCUUUUGGUACCCUGACACGGUGGCGGCAGCCCUCACGUCCGAUCAAAUACGACGUGCACACAGGCCUGCAAUGUGUCGUCGAAGCACUGGCGGGGCGUGAGCUCUUCCUGACCGAGACCGGGCUAGUCGGGCUGACCGGAGUGGGUGUGGCUGGAGUCCAGAGGGGAGAUGAUAUUUUUAUGCUACAUGGUAUGUCUUACCUGCUUAUUGCUAGACUAGAGCCACCGUCUGACCUUGGAGCUGCGAGGAAGAGCAGACGGGAGAUGUCGACGAGAGGGAUGAGAAGAGAGAUCGUGGGCACAUCUACGGUGAAGGGUAUUGAUCCCAAGGAUGGAGCGGUGGAGGGAGCUACCAUCCCCUCUUGGUUUAAGCCUAUUACGGACGCCCGAGGACGUUAU